CCACCCAGCGUCUCUCGCUCCGCCGCUCGCUGCUCCACGUCUGGGCCCAGGCAGCGCCAUGGGCGACAAGGACUUCAUGUGGGCGCUCAAGAACGGCGACCUGGACGUGGUGCGAGACAUGGUGACGCAGGGUGCGGAUGUGAACCGGCUGCUGGAGGCCGGGAGGCGGCCCCUUCACUACGCGGCAGACAGCGGGCAGCUUGACAUUCUCAAGUUCCUGCUGUCCAACGGCGCGGACGUCAACGCGGUGGAUAAGCACGGACUCACGCCUCUCCUCGCCUCCAUUUACGAGGGGCACACCAGCUGCGUGAGCUUCCUCCUCUCGAAGGGUGCAGACAAAUCAUUCCGAGGGCCAGAUGGACUCAGUCCGCUUGAAGCAGCCGAGCGACAGGACAUCAAAGCCUUGCUGCAGUAGCUUCCACAUGCACGCGUAACCGCACACACGCACACACGCACACACACACACGCAUAGUCCGGUACGUGCGGGGUACUCGUACGGUCGUAGCACAACUCCGACAAGCUAUCGCAUGGGGGCGGGGGGAGGUGGGCGCCGGUAUGUCGUGUGACCUUACUGGGCACCCUGCGCACACACUCGCACGCUCAUGCACACCCCGGAAUAAAGCGUUCGCACAUUCACGCAACGACCAACACCCACCGCUCGCCACGGAGUGACGGCGACGUCACCGCGAGUCGCCUGCGCCAGGCCCGGGUGCGCUUCGAGGCCACGCACACGCAUCGACGCGCGUUGCGUCACUCGCGCACAAAGUGACACCUCGACUAUCGGAGCGGUCGAUGUUGGCGAAACGCCCCGUUUUGACGGCCUCGGGUACGGUUGCCGGAACUGUGGCUGGCGAGGCGAGCGAGCGCUGUGUGAUCGCCCGUGACCCUUGUGUGUGCGAAAGGCCGCGUGAUUUCACUUUUGGCCGCAGGGUUUUCGCAGAGCGAGGGCUCCGUGAGCACAGUGUUUCCCCCCACCCACCCGUCGUGGCCCACCCGCGUGUCGUGCUCCCCUUAAUAGGUAUUACCGAGCAGCAGCGCUUGGCCCCAAAGAGUAAAUCAAAUCUUGGGCAGCAGCAGCAGCAGGAAAGGGGGCAGGCUUUGUCCAUGUUUAUACACCGACACACGCGCGCGUGUGUGUCCCCUGUAUAGCCGUAAAAGAUUGUUGGGGCAAGUGCUGUUAGCGAGCACCUAUGAAGGCCGCCACGGCACACGAGGGAGUGGUUGGCCAGCACCACUCCCUGUCCACACACCGCACCGGAUACGCAAUUGAGGACAAGUCGACCCCGAAGAGGCCCAGGACCGAUGUAAGAUAUCCGUCACUGGUGUUUACCGUGAGCGUAACUGUGGUCGCUGAGUUUGUAGCACAGUACGCUAACCACUUCGCUACCGCUCCCCGUGCACGCACAUGCGCACGCACGCACACGCCCGCACCCCGCACUCCCCAUACUUCCAUGCUCUGCGUUCCAAACAAAGUACAGUGCGUGAAGAAAAUGGGGAGGAAAAAAUGCGGGCGCACAUUCUCGCUCGCUUGCACAAACACGUCUUCUUCCUCCUCCUCGGUUUUAACGCUUUGCGUUAAGACAGCUAACGUCCCCCCCCGCACUCCCCCUCUUUAUUCCUGAGGUUCUGCCCCCCCCCCUCCCCUCGACAUAAAGUCGCCGUUUCUCGAGCUUGGGUAGUGAUCGAUGCCUGGGGCCUACCCCCCCAACUUGUCUUUUUUGUUAUAGCCAAUUACGGAUUUCCAUCGUCAUCUGCCUCGCACACACACGCGCGCCCACGUGAUGUUAUGUUCGUGGCCCCAUGUGGUUGAUGAUGGAAAAGCAAAAGUCGGAUUGCAUUAAAAUUUGAACUCUG